AUGCUCAAACACUUUGAAUGGGCACAUGAUCCCACAGGCACCAACACGACAGAGCAAGGUUCAUGUGCAGUCUUGUGUCUGGCCUGUCCUCAACUGGGGAAGAAUCUCCCCGAGGACUGGGAGAGUGCCCUGCCAGAAACAUGCUGGUUAUAUGCAUUUUUUCUUGUGAUCAAUGCCAACUUCUGUCUGGCAUGCAAGAACAUUUCUUCAGAUCAGAUGGACCCUGGGCUCAACUGUGGCUUGGCAUACUUUGUGGAGGAACAACAAUACAAGACAUUUCUUACUGAUGUCGGGAGAUCCACUGGAGCAGGAACAGUUGACUGCUCAUGGCAUAAUUUUAAAUGCCCCUGUGGUGUCAGUGACUUGCAAAAAGGUGAAAAGUACGUGAACAUGGACUAUCUAUUUUUUUCAACCAUGCAACACAUGGGGGACAUCGCCGUCCUGAAUGUAUCUUACAACAUCGCUUGCCAGUGGAGCAAACAUUUGUGGCAGCACAUGGGUCAAUACCCAUCUAUGAUUCAUCUCCACCACCAUGAUAAUAAGACCAUCAAAUUUAUUGUUCCAAAAUUCCAUCUACCUGUGCAUAUUAAAACCUGCCAGAUCACUUACUCUCACAACCUCCUCAAGGGCAUGGGGCGGAUGGAUGGCGAGGUGCCCAAGCAUCAGUCUAUCACGAAAGCUCAAAGCUGCUUUACCUGA